AUGAGCGACUCUAGAGAAGAAUCUCCGGAUUGGCUGCGCUCUUUUCAGGCACUUCCGCCUACUCAAUCUACUAUAGAAUUGUCAUCUGAGUCAGAGUUUCCAUCAGAUCACAGUCUGCCUAGUGAUGAUGAGGAUUCUAUCAACCUCAGUAAACUGUUUAAAAAAGGAGCAAAACGGGUGUCAGAUAUUAAGGAUGAGGAUGAUGGUAGAGAGUCUGAAGAUACGAAGCCUGGCAAAGGGAAGUCUCCCAAGAAAAAUGAUAAAGUAAAGCAAACACCUGAGAAGAAGAGGAAGAUCGAGGAUGAUAGCAAGAGAGAUGGAAAGAGGGUCAAAGGGAAAGGCAGCAGCAGGAGAAAUAUACCCAAUGAACAUGGAAAUUCCAAUAAACAUUCAAUUUGGUCAUUGUCCUCUGAUUCCGAGUCUACUCCAAAUGCCCGACCUGCUAAAGAGGAUAAAGCCACUAAGAGAGAAAUAUCUCCAGAUGAAGAUCUUAUCGUGGAAAACAGAAAGGAAUCUGAUAAUUCUCCCCUUGUCCAUGUUGACAAAUCUGCAAAGGCUCAGGCCUCAAAGGUGAAAUCGCCCACAAAACAGCUGGAAAAAGUGGAUGAGAAAACUCCAAAUACGAAGAAUAUAAACAGUAGUAUAAAAGAUGAGAAUGAUACUAAGGACAAUUUUGUGAAGGAAGGUAACAGCGGGAAGCAUCCUGGGCCUCAGGGUUCCUCUACAAAGUUGCCAUUGGUGCUCUCAGAUAAAGUUCAACGUUCAAAGGCACUUGUUGAGUGUGAAGGUGAUUCCAUAGAUUUGAGUGGUGACGUGGGUUCUGUUGGGCGGAUAGUAAUCUCGGAGGAUCCUUCAAAAAACCAUGAGAUGUUAUUGGAUUUAAAAGGAACAAUUUACAAAACAACCAUCGUACCAUCAAGGACAUUCUGUGUGGUAAGCUUUGGCCAGUCGGAAGCAAAGAUAGAAGCAAUCAUGAAUGACUACAUUCAGUUGAAACCACAAUCUAAUGUCUACGAGGCUGAAACUAUGGUUGAAGGAACAUUGGAUGGAUUUUCAUUCGACUCGGAAGAUGAAGCUGACAAAACCACGGUGCACGCUGAUCAACAUGAGGAUGAUCAGGAACAAGCCAAUGGAAAGACCAAGGGAAAACCUGGCAAACCACCCGGUCCCACAAGGAAAAAAGGAAAGCCUGCAGCAGGAAAGCCGCCCAAGAAACCGAAAAAGAAACCUCAAGUUUCUAAGAAGGGCAAAACAAAGAAAUGAGAAAGAGAAAUUUGACUAUAAUGAUACUCUCAAGUUUUAUCAUCCUCUUCUUUAUUUUUCUAGUUUGUCCUUUUAUUCUUACUCAACACAUACAAUUUUUUUCAACGACCAGUUUGUAUGCUGGCACGACGAGGACCAGCAAACGGGAAUGUAUAUCAACAGAGGCUACUCAGAUUGUGUUACUUAUAAACUCUUGUUUUAAUGCACAGAAAAGUUCAGUGCUCUUUUACUCCUAGAAAUAACUCAUACAUUUUGCUGAAUAUCUAUUUUAUCGAAUUAGUAUCUCUUGAGUGUGUUGUUGAGCUGAACCACAACAUCACUGCUUUCUAUUCUCUUGGAAAGUAUCUGUCCCUUUGGUUGACCGUAUUUUGACCCUGUGUUGAGCUUCUUUGCUGUAUCAAGCCACGAGGUAUUCCAACAAUACAAAAGAGAAGAGAACAAAUAUUGAUGUUUGGAUUGAUAUCAAGAUUGUCGUAGAUGAAACAACCGGUUCAGUUUUCUCACUUCGUCUUUCUCCAUCUACAGGAGCUUGUGACCCACCAUCUAUUCUCCUCAUGCCGCUAUUGGGGCAAAAUAUAAUAGCAUAAUCGGGUGACUUGCAGGUAAAAGUGCUGGUUCCAUCAUCGAAUGCGUAGCUAUAAGCCCUCGGGCAAGCUCUCUUGAAGAUUCCAGAAUAGAAAGAUGGCUUGCACGUGUUCGGGUUAGCAAAUUCUCCACUACAGCAGUAUUGGUCGAGCCCGAAAGCUUCACAUGCACUCCUGCAUGCCACAACUCCCCCUUCCUCUCCAUCGUUACCUAUCACCUGAAGUUCUGUAGGGCAACCUGUUGAUAUCUACUACACAUCCGGUGGCAUUGCAUCCCCCAUAAAUCCCUCUUGGCCCGGCUACUAAUGGCAGAUUAUACCCAUCAACUAUACUAACAUCGUAAAAAUCUUUCUUGUCCCCAAUUCCAAGUGUUAUCUCAAAGAGCGAUGCUGGUGGUGUAGCACCAAUGCCGCCACAUUCAAGCCGCCCGCCACAAUCUCCGGUCUGACAUGAGCCGAGGCCCGUCUCGUCAAAAGUGCAUCCAGUUCGGGCCCAUAUACGGCCCGACCAGCCCGGAUAAUUGGGGAUGGAAAAACUCAGGCCCGGAUUCAGCUGGAACCCAGUUGUCGGGAGCUGAGGUGUACCCGAGCCAGCUAGAGUGCCGGGCCAUAUCGUGUAAGGGC